AUGGAUUCGGUCCUGUCCACAGCAGAGGGAAAGUACUCGAGCAUUGAUCGGAUCAGGAGCGAAGUGAGAUCUAUAACAAACAUUUACAGCGGAUUGAAACUUGAAUAUUCACCGUACGUAUUCAAUGAUGGUCGCACGGAGAUGCUGCUCAUGCUCAAGGGCGUCAUUCCAGUUCCGAUCAGUGGCGUUACUUACAACAUCCCUGUUGGAAUAAGACUUACGGCCACCUACCCGAGAAAUCCUCCGAUUUGUUCCGUGGAGCCGACGGCGAACAUGAGAAUCAAUGUCUCAAAAUAUGUCGCGCAUGACGGGCGUAUCUACUUACCGUACCUGCAUGAAUGGAAACAAGAAACGUCGGAUCUGAGUGGACUUAUACAAAUUAUGAUUGCGGUGUUCAUGGAGACAACGCCAUUGAAUUCUGUCCUCAAAAGUCCUCCUCAGCCGCCAUAUCCUACGCAGAUGAGUGGCCGAACGAAUGCAGGUUGCCCGUAUCCAGUUCAGCCGUUUUUGCCGAUGCCUGGUGUCGGCGGCCCUGCGAGUGCCGCCGCCAACCCACCCUAUCCGACGUAUUCGCCGUUCCCUAGAUAUCCGCAGGUCCAGGCUUCUUCUGUGUCUACAACCCCUCCGUACCCACCGAACCCGUCUUACGCAGUUGGCAGCUCGUCGACAAUAACGGAGGAGCACCGAAAAGCGUCUUUGUUAUCAGCAGUUGAAGACAAGGUCAGGAGGAAAUUGGGGGAGAUAUUCCAGCAAUAUCAAGCCGAAAUGAACGUGUUGAAAAGAACUCAAGUAGACCUGAUGGAGGGAGAACGAAAGAUCCAGGGCAUCCUCAGCAGAUUGGAGAAUGAGAAAAGGGAAUUGGAAGAAAAAAUACAACUGAUGACUGAGAAAAAGAAGGAAAUUGAGGAUGCUUUGGGUAAGAUGGAGAAGAAGCAGGAAGACUUGAACGUUGAUGACGCUGUCGUGCCCUCGGCACCUCUGUUUAAACAGAUCUUCGAACUUUUUGCGGAAGAAAACGCUACUCAAGAUGCCAUUUAUUAUCUGGGUGAAGCUCUGCGACGAAAUGUUCUGGAUUUGGAAACUUACUUGAAACAGGUCAGAGAGCUUUCACGAAAGCAAUUCCUGCUGAGAGCGCAUAUGCAGAAGUGUCGGAAAGUUGCUCGUCUUGCCGGUUGAAAUGAAAUGCGGCAAUGGUGAUGAUGUAUUGCUCUCUCUUUUUUUUAACCGUUCUGUGAGAAAUGUUUCUUUCGUCUCGCGAGGAACGUUGAAUAAUUUGAUUGACUGAGAGCUUUGAAAAUUUCGGGAAAUUUUCAUGGAUGAAUGUGUGUUUUGUUCACCGUCGUGGAACUGAGUGAUCGUACGCUACGAUUCUGAAGUCAUAAGAGUAUGCUAGAAAAAAUUCCCCAAAAUAUUUCCAUUUUUGGUCAUCGCUGUAUAUUUGAGCGAAGAAAAAUAAAAUCGAAUUUGGUAUUA